AUGAAAUUCACUUCACUCACCACUAUCAUCAUCUCUGCCGUGGCAAUGACUGGCGUAGCCAUCGCAUCUGAGGAUGUGAACAUAACACCCUUGAACUUUCCCUGCACAGGAGUUGGCCUUGAACCACAUGCUUAUGCCUAUCGACCGAUCAAGCGGGGUGCUCAACCUUGCGUGGUUUCAAUCACGGAAACGGGUUCGGGUAUUACUGUUCCAAUAACAAAAUCUGGAAGUAUACGCCAUGCCCGAUCGGACAAAGAUGUCAUGUCACCAGUCCGAUGCCUGUGCGAGUCUGUCCUUUUCACCGUCUACCGAAUUGCAUGGAACAAUGAGCGUGAUACGCAGGCUACAGGAGGGCGUAGAGGAGUAUGGCGUGAAGAGUUUAUUGAAUCCGGUUAUGACGACGACUAUAGGAUGUGUAACAAACAAUUUGUGGUUACACUGAGGCCACAUAUGCUGAAGUUAAAGACUCUGGUGGAGAAUGGAGGACGUGGUGAUAUGCCCGCUCUUGAGAUGGGUCUUGAGGCCGGCUGCGGACUGCACCGCGUAGGUUGUGGGGAUGAGCGGUUCCCCAAGACUCUGCGUUCUGCUGCCUGGUCGAUCGCAAGAAGUCGAUCUCUAGCUCAAUGA